AUGUCUGCGCCACACAUGGACCGGCUCCGGCUUGAGGCCAUUGAAAAGCGCCGGCAACAAUCAAGCGACGUUAUCAAGUCUCGAAAACGGAAGCUAUCUGAUUUGUAUUAUCUUACUCGAUAUCCAACUUAUCCUAUAAACAAGUCUGGUGUACAGACUGACGAAGAUAGCCUGAUGGCGUUUCUUGAAAAAAACGAUCUUGAAAGUGGCCAUGUUUUUGAUGAAUCCACGUUGCCUGCACGCGCAAUAGUCCCCAAUGAAGUUCUGCUCCCUGCAAAACGCGCUCGCGCGUUGUAUUCACCUACAGCCACCCCGUCCUCUUCUCUAAACUCUCAGGCCCAUCCGCCUUUGGUAUCUUCUCAUCAUCUGCCACAGCAUUCACAGGCUUCUACGACAGGCCAGAAAGUUGUAUCACAGAGUAAUGUGCGUAAUGUAAACACAAACGCGCAGCAUCAUACCACUGGUUCUGGUGUUAACGCGGGACAGCAACAAAGUGGAAUCAAGACUCCUCAGCAGCAUAUUAUACAAAAACCGCAGACACAGAUGCAUAAUUUACAGCAACAACAAGUACAUCAAAAAAGUCCAACCGGUGUUACACAAAACCCGCGACAACAACAGCUUAAAGCGCCAACAUCUAUCUCAACGGGCCAACAAGCCGCAGGAAGCCACAUUUUGUCGGCAAAACCCAACUCUGUUCAAACUACCCCCACACAACAUUCUACAACAACAGCAGCAACUACUACCCCCACCACCAAACCUGUCCCGACUACAGCAGGCCCUACUUCGGCCCCGGCCACCACUACGUCAGCUUCAGCAACAGUUGCUGCAUCAGCUCCUGCUCCUGCACCAGCUUCAGUACCCGUACCAGUAUCGGGACCGAGUUCGGGACCGGCAUUGGCAACGACUACGUCUGGGGUUUCAGUUUCAGCUUCGGCUGCUCAUCCGACAUCUUCGUCUUCUUCUGCACAUCCCAUUUCUGUGCCAACAACAGUUCCAACAACAAUGUCAACAACGGCGCCAACAACAGCGUCAACACCGGCAUCAACAGCAGUGCCAACAGCAGUGCCAACAGCAGUGCCAACAGCAGUGCCAACAACGGUGCCAACAACGGUGCCAACAACAGUGCCAACAACAGUGCCAACAACAGUGCCAACAAAAGUGCCAACAACAGCGUCGACAUCUGCGUCGACAGCAGCGUCAACAGCAGCGCCAACAGCAGCACCAACAGCAGUACCAAAAACAGCACCAAAAACGGCACCAAAAACGGCACCAAAAACAGCACCAGCAGCCGCUCCUUCAAUUCCAGCAACAACAACACAAUCCACAAAACUUGCAGCAACCGUUGCUACUAGCGGUAUGCUUAAAAACAUGGCAGCAGCUGGAGCUGGCGGCGGUGCGCAACAGAAACCUUUGGCCAAUUUACCCAAACAGGUUCCACCCAGUGUAGUUGUAAGCCCUACAGUAACCUCUGCAGUUGGAGCUAGUAAUCAGCAGCCAGGCCAAUAUAUACAAACUCAAUCUCAACCGUCUCCAGCAAAACCAUCAACAACCACGGUUAAUACUAGGCCCAGAGCACCGCAUCAGCAACAACAACAAACGAGCGGAACAAAUGUGCCGGCGAAAACAGUUGCAGCUCAGGCGGCAGGUUCCUGGACCCAUUUGCAAGCAAAUUCGACGACUAAGGUUCUUGCGCGCGGGCCGCCGGGCGGUGCGGCGCAACCACAUCACCAACAACAUCCGCAGCCACAAGUGCGCGGGCCGAACAGUAUCCAAGGUUCAGCGCCAAUACCUGCAACACCUUCAAAGACAACAACCACAGGAGGACCACACCCUCAGCGCGCGUCUGUUCCACCAACACCCACACAAGCUCUCGGUACAGUUCCUUCUGCCACCACUCUUCCACGGGCACAGUCUACACCUGCGUUACUUGCAAAGGCUGGAAUAAUCCAAAAGCCACAGCAAUUACAGCAAAGUGUGCGUAAUGGACCCGAUAUUAAGGUUGGUGCACGGUCUGGGCCUGCGACAAAUUUUGUACCCACUAAAGUUCAACAGCAAGUCCAACAGCCUCAGCAAAAGGCAGUUGUUAUACAACAGCAACAGGCAAGUGCAGGACUUGCUGCCAAAAGUGGGACGAGACCUGCAGCAGGGUCUGCGGCAGUUUCAGCAAAAAACAUGGUGCCCGUUCCGUCAACAACAGCUACAAACACAUCGGCUCCGGUAACCACUGUGGGGGGUUCUUCGGCUUCUGGGGCCAUCACAUCAGCAAGCACAUCGGGACAACACGCUUCUAAGGUGGUUGUAGGACCAGCUCCAGCAACUAUGAGGGGAGCUCUAUCAUCAUCAGCUGCCACUUCUGGGCCUAUCAACAAGCCGACUGUUGGCGGUUAUGCGGGGGCAGUAACAAGCUCUGCAGGCAUUAACAAUCUCCAUGCGACGGCUGGUCCGAAGGCAGUGGUGGCAACUGCAGCAGGAUCAGGAACGGUUUCAACUGGAGGAGUAACGGUAGCUCCAGGAUCGGGGGCCCCAGCAGGAAACAAUAAUGCAAACCUGCCUAUGAGAGCCAAAUCUGUAACUACUGCUAGUGUUCCUAUUAGUGCCACUGGUAUUGGUUCUGGAAAUCAUGCUUCUCAAAAAACAGGAUCUACUGUAGUUGCAGGGGGAUCUCAACAACAAACAAAUACUGGGCCCAAUGUGGCCAAGAAUGGUGGUGUUGCGACAGUCUCACCGCAAACCACGGGUAAACCAAACGAGAAUACAAAGCAAGGUGAACUGGGUCAAUCAACUACAAGCAAAAAUCUGACAACCACAACGGCAGGUGCAACAGCAGCUCCGGCACCAACAACAGCUCAAGCCUCAGCCACGACCUCUGCACCCAAAGUGCGACCAACCGUUGCGCACAUUCCAGUCACGCGUACUACCCAGUACGUGUCGCGGGAGGAGUUUUACAAGCGGCAGCCGUCAAUCCACCAAAUGCGCCAAAACGUGACUGUGCCAGACCAACAAGUACCGUGGUACACAAACCCCAAAACUGUCGACCCUGUUACUGACAAGGAUUCCGACGUAAAGAUUUUGGUUGUGCCCAACCGACUCCCGGAGACGGUGCACGGGAGACGCCAAUUAACCUUGCCGGAACUUUAUUACACAACGCAAGCACUACCUGUUGUCAAACUUCUUCCAGCUGCACAUAAAGCUCUAACUACUGAAACGUACCAAUUAUCGUUCUUGGAAGCCAAGCUAGCAGUGGUACAUGUGCGCAUUGAGGAACUAAAACGCCUUGACCGCUGGAGUUUACGACAGCACGCCAAAUUUAGGGGGCCUCUGCGGCUCAAAAUUCACUGGGAUUUCCUAAUGGACGAGAUGAAGUGGUUGCAACAGGAUUUCAGCGAGGAGCGCCGGCUCAAAAUUGCAGCAUGCUUUGAGCUGUCGCAAGCAGUUAUGGAUUACUGGGCCUUUGGGAAAGAUGUUUGUUGUAUUCGAACAAGACCGGUGACACACUUGGAUGACAAGCCGCCUAUUAAGCUGUUUGAAGUUGAUUCUGAUGGCGAUGCCGUUAUGGAGGAGGAUUCUCGAGCUGACUGUAAGGGUAAAGUCAAAGACGAGGAGGAGCCCAAGAAAAACCAAGUCAAAAAGGAUGAAACCAAAGAGGAAUCCAAAUCUGUCGAGAACAAGGACAAGGCCGACAAGGCACUAGCAAUGCAGCAACCCCUGAAAGAAGAGGACUCAAAGGUGGAAUUAAAGGUAAAGCCAGAGGUAGAUCAAAAGGUGGAGGGAACCAAGGAGAACAAGGAAAAUGAAAAAAAAAACGAGGCCAUUAAUGCAGCCGCUACCACCUCUGGCACAAAACACAGCCUUUCAGAAGAUAAGUCUCGAGAUACUAAUCUGCAGCUGGCUGCACCACAACCAUCGCUACCUCCGGCCACUGAGGCCACUUCGACCGCUUUUGUAAAAUCAAACAAUAAUGAGGGAUCUGUAACAAUAUCUCUCUCACCCAAGAAGGAUGAAGAGUUGUCGAAGGCAACCGGAAUUGGAGGAAAAGAAGCAGCAGUAGCAGCUAAAACAACAAUAGCGGCGGCCUUGACGGAAUCCUCCGAAGCCUCCAUUCUUCCAGACAAAGGUUACGCCAAGGAAAAAGGCCAAUCUGCUAAUGUUGCUCAAAGUGAUACUACUGCUGCUUCUGUCGACCCCCCAAAAGAGCCUGAUGCUGCACCGCAGAACAAUGCAAGCACGGCUGGAAGCAACAAUAGUAACAACAAGUCCGAAAAUGGCAGCGGCAGCAGUGGGUUACAACAAGACGCAAAGAACAUAGAUGCGUCACCAAAAGACAUUCCAGAGACGGAGAACUUGGGAACUCUCAUCAAGCUCGAAGAAACCAUAGACGGUGAUGGCGACGUGGAUAUGGUAGAUGCCCCCAAGGAACAACAAGUCAAAAGGGAACCACAAAAUGAACAGGAGCCAGUCGACCCUUAUCAAGUCAAGGUGAUCCCUAGUGAAAGCCUCUAUGCCGGGCUUAUCUUUAAGGACGAUGAGCCUGAUGUGUCACCGGAUGGGACUAUGACCAUUACGCCUAAAGAUUUGCACGAGCUGCACGAAGCUAAUAAGGUUGAUUCGUUGGUACCCAAGAGCGUGUUUCUCCAUGAUAAAGGCCAAUCAGUACGCGUGCCACUUAAAAUGUUUAUGUCACUUGAUAACAUGGACUCGGCAUCGCGUGAAAUUUUCAACAGCUUGCCUCUUCAGAAACCUAUUGAGGAUGUUAACACACCAUACAUUAGUGAGCUUGAGUCGCUUUCCAUAAACUCUGUCACUAAGUUUCUUGCCGCCCCAGAUCUUAAUCCUACUUGGCAAAAGCUUAUUAUCGAGGUCGACCCUAAAGAUAAGAAGAAACUGGAUAUUUCUAAAGAGGAAGAUGAGGAAGACUUUGAUAAUGGUGAAGGUGCAAAUCCAUCUCAGAAACAUCCCUUAUUUCAGAGCGAGCAAAACAAGCGGCAGAUUCACAUUCGCGCUCCACAACCUCCUAACCUCAAGUAUCUCGAGUUCAUUCGUAUGCCAACCAUUUGGCUGCCGCAGGAUGACCAGAAGCUCAUUCGUGUUGCGCGUGAGUUUCAGUUCAACUGGCAAGUAGUUUCGGCAACUUUUUCUAACGAUGCAACUCUUGGGUACACUUCCAUCACUGAGCGACGUACCCCAUGGCAAUGCUUUGAACGUUGGCUCCAAUUAAAUCCGGCCUUUUCUCUGACAGAGCUCAAAGGUCCUUAUGCUCAACAAGCUGUUUUGUGGAUCAACAACUCGGUCAAAAUGCAGGCCCACACCAAGCACCGUAUUUCGCCCAUCGGAAUUGUCAACACGGAUUCGCUUCCUCGUGGCCACUCUCGUUUGCGCUGGGCAAGUAUGUUUGAGGCUAUUCGUAAGGGCAUGCGUAUUCGUGAAAGCGCCAUUCGUCCUCUCAACCAAAUUGUCCGCAAACCGAUUCAACCAAUGGAAAACACUCAGCCAGUGUAUACCCCAGAGGAACUAUCUCAGUUCAAAUAUAAGGCUGAUCACCAGGCCAGCGCGCAGUAUGCACAACGAGCUCAGCAGAACCAGAUGGCAGCAGCAGCAGCAGCAGCAGCUGGGGGUCGUGCUGUGCCUGUGCCACACCCAGGACAGCAACAACCCAUAGCCACACCACAGACUGGUGCUACCGCGGUAGCUGCUGCACCAGUCUAUGGGGUCAAUAACACAUCUGUUGCUCACCCUGUGCCAGGAACACGAGUCAUUAAUGGUAUCACAGUUCCUGCAGCAACCGCCUUGCCCAAUGGUGCUAUUGCCAAUCACCGCGCAGUGCAACAUGUUACAGGGCAGCAACCAGUUGCUCAGUUGCAACAGCAGCAGCAACAAAUGCGCGUCGCUAUGGGACAACAUCAGCAGACUCAAGCUAUUCCUGCUGUACAGGGAAAUACUGGAGCUCCACGGCCAAAUACUCAAGGUAAUUUCCACCCGCGGAUUUCAGCUGAGCAAUACGCGCAGUUGUUGCAACAACAAAAAUUGCGUCAACUUCAGCAACAUCAGCAAGCAGCAGCAGCAGCCCAACAACAAAAGCUGCAGCAGCAGCAGCAUCAACAACAACAACAUCAGCAGCAGCAGCAGCAGCAGCAGCAACAACAACGUGUGGUUCAACAACAGAACCAAGUUCAAUUGACGCUACAGCAACAGCAACAGAUUCAAAUGCAACGAGCUCAGCAGCAACAACGUAUUAACGCAGCAGUGGCUGCAGCGGGUACUACACCAAAUCAACAGCAACUGAAUUACCAACAAAUGAUGCUUCACCAGCAACAAAAGGCACAGCAGCAGGCCAAACAGGCAGCAGCAGCGACAGCAGCCGUAGGAUCGCCCACGAUAUCUACAGUACCUUCACCUGUGAAUAACACAGCAAGCCCUGUGGUUGCAUCUACGUCACCGGUGGUUUCUACCACACCGACACCUACUUCAGUAACAUCUCCAGUUAUUGUGACAAGCCCGGCACCUACACCGACUCCACAGCAACAAUUCCAGGUGUCAAAUUUGUCGCGUGCUUUUCAGUUUUCCGCCCAGACUCCUCAAGUGCAAACGUUUAUGAACCAAAUUGCAGAGCAGAACCCGUCACUGACUCCCGACCAGGUUUCCCAAAUUGCAAAGACUCAAAUACAGCGAAUCCUAAUGCAACAACGCAUGAUUAGCACCACUGGUUCAACCACUAAUGGUACUUCAGGACCGGCUUCUGCACCAGCAGUAGUUGCUAGGGCUUCUGGCCAGCAUCCGGUGGCGGUCCCACAUAGACAAGCAACAUCUGCACCAGGCGGGCCAGUUGCUGGGAUGUUUGCGGUGAAUGCCAACACACGCAACAUUGCAGUGACAGGACAACAACAACAGCAACGUCCAGGAACUACGGUUCGUACGACACCUUCACCGGUAAUGCAAACAAUUCGUGCGCCAGCUGUACAACAGCAAGGUACAUCUCCAAUUGCAGGAACAUCGCCGGGGAUUGCGGUUCGACAAGUUGUAACGAGCGCAGGAGUGAGAUCGCCAGCGUUGGCCACAGCAGGAGUUGCAACUCAGCCGCAGCCGCAGCCGCAGCAUAUUCAUAAAGUUGUUCAGCAAGUAGGAGGAGGACCUGCUCGUGUGGGCCAGCAGCUUGCAGGGAAUAAGGUUGGUUCUGGAGUGCCCAGCAAUUCUUCGACACCGAAACCUGCCUCUGCCCAGUUGCCAUCUGGGACUCCCAAGUGA